CUCCCCAGGUGAUGAAAUGCACCGGAACCAAGCACAGGCUUAGAUUGCGGGAGACGUCGCUGUCCUGUGCGGCCCAUUGCGCAGACAGCCCGGCACCAAAGGUGGCGCGGCAAGAGCCCCCUCCACCCCACCCCCGCCCGGGAAGUCGCUGGGCGGGCACUUCGCGUGACUUCCGGCGGCUGAGGUUGCACGGGACAGCCCAGCCCCCAGCCCCACCCGCUGGCACCUCGCCGGGAGCCUUCCGGAAUCUGAACCAUAGGCGGGACAUCACCUCCUGGCUGGCCCGAUGGUUCCCCAAGACCCCUGCCAAGCCUGUGGUGGCCCUGAAAACACCCAUCAAGGUGGAGCUUGUGGCUGGGAAAACAUACAGGUGGUGUGUCUGUGGCCACAGCAAGAAGCAGCCUUUCUGUGACGGCUCCCACUUCUUUCAACGAACGGGUCUAUCUCCACUCAAGUUCAAGGCCCAGGAGACCCGCUUAGUGUCUCUCUGUACCUGCAAGGCCACCCAGAAGCCCCCAUACUGUGAUGGCACCCACAGGAGCGAGCAGGUCCAGAAAGCACAAGUGGGCACCCCGCCUUGAGGAGGUGACUGCUGCCCAACUCCAGAGGCCUUAGCACCCCUGUUGUGGGGAAAGAACUGAGUGCUGAGCCCCACAAGGGGCUAGGACCCCCAGUACCCACAGCUGGUUUGUGAAGAUCUUAUUCCCUGUAAGUGGAGGUCUCCGAUCUAGGGUGGCUGGGACCAGCCCCAGCUCCAGCCCCGCACUUGCUGCAUUAAACCUAUAUGACCACCUUGGAA